GUCGGCGCUCCUCGCAGCAUCACGACGUUUCCGGCUUUGUCUGUGUCAUAUUCAGUGCCUUCCAUUUUGGUUCAUCUACAUCCGUGCAUCUUGCGUAAUUACAUGCUUUCCAAGUUACGAGGAGCGACUCUCCACAGCCGAUUGGUUCUCGCCACAUGCUCCAACGUCUCACUUGGUACUCAUGGGCUUGUCGCAACCUUGUCUUCAGUUUCCCAACCCGGAUCCACUUCUUCCUCUAUUCCUCCGGAAACUACAGCCGAUAGUCCUAACUCCUCUCGAUGGCGUGGCAAAAACGCUUGGAAGUUGGGAUUCCUAGGACUUACAUGCUCAGGGCUGUUUGGUUUUGGAUUCGCCGUCGCCCUUUGGGUGACACCGGUUUUGGGCUAUAUUUGCCGGACGUGGAACUCCCUAACGGAUUUCAAUCAGAGUAUCAAAGAUCCAAUAAGUGAGAAGCUCCUGCCUGACCCAGUACAGCCUCCCUACUACCAACCACCUUACACUCUGGUUCUUGAGUUAAAUGGAAUUCUGGUUCAUCCGGAUUGGAAGUUUCGAACCGGUUGGAGAUUCAAGAAGCGCCCUGCUCUGGAACUAUUUUUACAACAACUUUCACCGUACUACGAAGUCACUGGCAGUCCCGUUCUCAUGCAGUUAGACCCUCAAGGUCAAUACAUUCAUUACCGUCUGUUUCGUGAGGCAACCCGAUACAGAAACGGCAAACAUAUUAAGGAUCUGUCCUGCCUGAACCGGGAUCUCUCGCGCGUUAUACUCAUCGACUGGGACCCUAAUGCAGCCUCACUGCAGCCACGUAACGCGCUCAUAGUCAAGAAAUGGCAAGGUGAUGAGGCCGACCGCGAGUUGAUUGACCUGGCGGCCUUCUUGCGCAUGUUGGCUAUGGGGAAUGUGGAAGAUAUCCGGCUGGUGCUCGACUUCUAUCGCGAGUCCGACGAUCCUCUCGGUUUGUUCCGUGAGCGACAUGAACAGCUGAUGGAGGAACAAGCCAAACGGAAGGAGUCAGAGAAAGCCUCCUCAAAAAGUCCGCUUCCCAAGUUCACCUUCUCUGGUAUGAGCCGGUCCUAA